GGCUCACGUCACCUGGUUGCCCGUGUCUUGAUGUUCCUUUCAGAAAUAGAUAGGCUCCUACAAAGACGGGCUUCGUAUCAGAUCAUAGCCCAGAAAUCGUUGCUUAAAAGGUCCGUGUGGUUUGUUAAGAACUCGCAGCAAAGGGUUUAGCCUUAGGGUUUUUCUCUCGCUGUAUCGCUUCUCUCGCUCUUCUCUCUCUCUUCUCUCUCUCUCGUUGAGGAAUUAUAGCCAUGGAUAGAUACCAGAAAGUCCAGAAACCGAAGCAAGAAUCACCCAUUAACGAGAACGAAAUCCGAAUCACUUCACAGGGCUUGGUCAGGAACUACAUAAGCUACGCCACUAGUCUACUUCAGGAGAGACAUGGGAGAGAGAUUGUCUUGAAAGCAAUGGGGCAGGCAAUAAGCAAGACGGUGGCAAUUGCAGAAAUGCUCAAGAGGAGAAUUCCACAAUUGCAUCAAGAUACUGGCAUCAGUUCAGUGAGCAUAACUGAUAUAUGGGAACCCAUUGAAGAGGGUCUUUUGCCUGUGGAGCAGACUCGCCAUGUCUCAAUGAUUUCGAUCACCUUGUCCAGUAAGGAGAUGAACAAGAAUUCUCCAGGGUACCAAGCUCCAUCCCAUGUGGAGCAAGCAAAGCCACAAUACAAUUAUCAGCAACAGCAACAGCAACAGCUACAACAACAACUUAGACAACCACGGGCAACCUAUAAUGCUGGCAAUGAAGGUUAUGUCUGCAAAAGGACUCAGAAUUAA